AUGGAUAAGCAACAUUAAUUGUUAUAAUAGAUAGUAAAAAAAAGUAAAUAGGAUUAAGAAGAUAUCUUAAAAAAUUUAAUAAUGGCUAAUUAAUCAGAGUUUCCUAUAUAACCUAUAGACAAUUAUAAAUAAAAGAAGAUGGUCCAUUUAUAUGAAUUAGAGGAAGUUUAAAAAGUAAAUGAAAGCGUUUGUGAAAAUAUUGUUGGAUAAUUUGAAAAAAAUAAUGAAGCCAAUGAUUCAACUGUUCAAGAAGAAUUUUAAAAAUAAUAAAAUAAUUUAUAUAUAAGAUUAGCUAACAGAGUUAAAAAAAAGUAAGACUAUAAAAAAAAUGGAGGACGUUUAUCAAAUUCAUCGAUUAAUGUUUACUAAGUCCCAUUUUAAGAUUAUGACGAAAGGAAAUUAGAAAGUUGA